UAUUACUGCAGUUGUUUUUAAAUAUUGAAGGAAUUUUAAAUGUGAAAAUUCCUUUUAAAAAUUGUUUUUUUAUUUCAGAUUUGUUCUUUUUUUACAAAUUUAUUGUCAUAAAAUUAAAAAUGGCUAGCGGUGAUGGACAGCAGUCAAGCAGCAAUCCAAUGUUCAAUCAGUUACUUGCAUUUGCUACAGAAGCACAGGGCGAUAGGCCAGCAGAUCCUAGUAAUCGGGUUUGGUUGGAAAAUGCAUUAGAACACAUUUCUGAAGAUACCGAUCCUGUCAAAAAAUUAAAAAGAUGGAUGCAGAGAUUGGAGGAAAUUGAAGAACCGAAUGAAAAUAAUUCGGCCGAUAUUAAUGAUAUUUUGGAUGAAAUAGGUGAUUUGGUAUGUGACAUUGAUUUGGCACUUAUUUUUUGUAAUAUUGGUGGACUAGCUUUGGUGAAGAAAUUUCUGGCAAAAGAUUGUGAUUUUGUUAGUGCUCCUUUUACACAUUUAAUUGGUGUAUUGGCACAAUAUAAUAAUAAAGUACAACAAUUAUUUUUGAAAGAAUCCUUUUUAGAAGAAUGUUUAAAGAUUAUUGGAAAUGAAUCUAAAACUGUGGAAUAUAGACACAAAAGUGUUGGUGCCAUUUCUGCUAUGGUGAAAAGUUAUUUGCCUGCUUUAAUUCGUUAUGUCCAGUUGGAUGGCCCAGAUAAAUUAUUUGAUUGUUUUAAUAAAGCUUUGGAAAAUUGUGAUAUAAAUGGAAUGGAUAAAUUAGUACAUCGUUGUGCUGUAGCUGCUGUUGCAAUAAAAAAUAGUUUUUCUACUGAAGUUUUAAAUAUUGACUCAAAUUUUCGAAAAAUAUCAUUAGCGCCCGGAUUGAUGCGUGCAAAGAUUGAAGAAAGGGGAGAAGAUGAUUUUAAAGAAACAAUUGAAUUUUUAAAAGAAUAG